UACGAAAACAAUGAUAGAAUGUUAUAGUGGGCAUUUAGCAAAAUUAACAAUUGUAGUCUGUGUGAAACUCCAAGUUUCACAGUUUGUUUCUCACUAAAAAUUCUAAAAACAUCUUCUCUUUCUAAAUUCUCAGAUCUACACUGUAAUUUUUCCUAAUUUGAUUCAAGAACUAAUAUCCUGAAGAAGAAGGGGAAUAACAUAUCCAAUAAUGGCGGGUGGGAUCCGAAGUGGUCGAUCCUACAGUGGUAGUGGUGGUGGUGGAGGAGGAGCAUUUCGGAAUAUCUUAUCGUACAGGAUCUUCGUUUCCGCCAUGUUUACACUUCUCUUCUUCGCUACACUCUCUGUUCUUUUCACCUCUAAUAACGAUUCUGUUCUUCCAAAUUCAGGAACAGGACAACCUGUAAAUGCAUAUGUACACAGAACAUUUCUAGCAUUGAAAUCAGAUCCAUUAAAAACAAGAUUGGAUAUGAUUUAUAAACAAGCUAAUGAUCAUAUUGCUUUAGUUAAUGCUUACGCUGCUUAUGCAAGAAAACUCAAACUUGACAAUUCUAAACAACUUCGAGUUUUUGAAGAUCUAGCUAGAAAUUUCUCUGAUCUUGUUACUCGUUCUACCUAUAGAACUUCUUUAUUUGAGACUGAUGGUCCAAUUGAAGAGGAUAUAUUUAGACAAUUUGAGAAAGAAGUUAAAGAUAAAGUUAAAUUUACUCGUUUAUUAAUCGGUGAAGCCAAAGAAUCUUUCGAUAACCAGCUUAAGAUUCAGAAGUUAAAAGAUACUAUUUUUGCUGUUAAUGAACAAUUAACAAAGGCAAAAAGACACGGAGCUUUCUCUAGUUUAAUUGCUGCAAAAUCUAUCCCGAAGAGUUUGCAUUGUUUGGCAAUGAGACUUGUUGAGGAAAGGAUUGCUCAUCCUGAAAAGUAUAGAGACGAAGGGUAUAAACCAGAAUAUGAAGAUCCUAAUCUUUAUCAUUAUGCCAUCUUUUCUGAUAAUGUGAUUGCUGCUUCUGUUGUGGUGAAUUCUGCCAUUAAGAAUGCUGAUGAACCUCAUAAGCAUGUCUUCCACGUUGUUACUGAUAAGAUGAAUUUAGCUGCAAUGCAAGUUUGGUUCAGGAUAAGACCUGUCGAAGGAGGUGCUCAUGUUGAGGUUAAGGCUGUGGAGGAUUAUAAGUUUUUGAAUGCAUCUUACGCCCCAGUACUUCGGCAACUUGAAUCUGCAAAUUUGCAGAAGUUUUAUUUUGAAAAUCGGGCGGAAAAUGCAACUAAGGAUGCGAACAAUAUGAAAUUCAGAAAUCCCAAGUAUUUAUCUAUGUUGAACCAUUUGAGGUUUUAUCUCCCUGAGAUGUAUCCUAAGUUGCAUCAAAUUUUGUUCUUGGAUGAUGAUGUUGUCGUUCAAAAGGAUUUAACAGGUUUAUGGAAGAUUGAUAUGGAUGGCAAAGUUAAUGGGGCAGUUGAGACUUGCUUUGGUUCAUUUCAUCGUUAUGCUCAGUACAUGAAUUUCUCUCAUCCUCUCAUUAAAGAGAGGUUUAGUCCGAAGGCUUGCGCUUGGGCUUACGGAAUGAAUUUCUUUGAUCUUGAUGCAUGGAGACGUGAGAAGUCCACAGAACAGUACCAUUAUUGGCAAACUUUGAAUGAGGACAGAACGUUGUGGAAAUUGGGUACCCUCCCACCUGGUUUGAUAACAUUUUACUCAACUACAAAACCACUCGACAAAUCUUGGCAUGUUCUUGGGCUUGGGUAUAAUCCAAGUAUAAGCAUGGAUGAGAUACAAAAUGCUGCAGUCAUACAUUAUAACGGAAACAUGAAGCCUUGGCUUGAUAUUGCCAUGAACCAGUUCCGACCUCUUUGGACCAAGUACGUGGAUUACAAUAUGGAAUUUGUGCAGAUGUGCAAUUUUGGUCUCUAGAUUAAUUUCUUGCCUCAUUGGAGAAUGACGAGGUAAUCCCGUAGCUAGUUGGUGUUUUGAUCCUUUUAGUAACUGUGUUUUCGUAAAAUCCAUUAGUUACAACUUCUGAAGCAAAAGCGCAGUAGUGUCAAUUGUCUACCUUUAUUCUUUAUGCUGGAGAAGUUACGAGAUCUCCACUUCUGUAAUAUUUUUGUUUAGGUGUUGAGCAGUAAGGUCAGAUUUCUUUGUACCACGAACAGUUUAGUUCUAUAAACUUGAAGAAAUUCAUUAUUCUUUUGUUGCCAAUCAGCAUGUCCCUGUAUUGAGUGACUUGAAAUGAAAGUUAUAUUAUUGAAUAAAAUACUGGUUAACGAA